GACAGAGAACAAGCUCUCGAUAUUCUCAAGCGUGGUUAUCAAUAUACGAGGGGGAACUUGGAAUUGCGUAUAUUCUGCGCACAUGAGGUUGCUCAGGCCAUGGAGGAGGAAUCGCGUUGGGUGGAAGCCAGCUCGUUUUAUCGACUAACGAUAGAGCUGAUACAGUCUUUCGAACUUCAACACAUGAAGAAUGUUGACAAGCAAAGGAAGAUAUCCCAGUUCAGCCUCGCCGCAACCUCUGCAGCAGCAGCCUUACUGAACGCUGGAGGCUCGGCCGCGGAAGCUCUCUGCCUGCUAGAGUCUGGACGAGACCUCUUGGCGAACUCUCUGAGGGAGUUACGUGGCGACAUCUCCCAACUCCAGGAUGCUCAUCCAGCUCUAGCAAAAGAUUUCAUCACUCUUCGCGAAGUGAUUGAUGUAUCUCCUGAUGAACGAGCGGCAGUCGCCACCGCUGCCAUUGAAAGUAUUCCUGAACUCCAUAGAAUAGACCGGCAAUAUGCGGUGAAUGAAUUUCGAAGUCUCAUUCAUGAAAUCAGGAAGCUUCCAGACUUCACUGAAUUCCUUGCCACGCCCACCGUCAAGGAACUGAUGUCUGGAGCACGAAAUGGCUCUGUCGUUGUACUCAACUAUAGUCAGUCGAGAUGCGACGCAAUACUCGUCACCGUUGAUAAGAUAUCGCACCUUCGUCUUCCUAUCAAGGGAAUGCACGUAGUAAGGAAGGUCCGACAAUUACGAGUGUCUGGCAUCUCAUUUCAACUGUUGAAAUGGCUAUGGGACAUAGUCGUCUCUCCGGUGCUCAAGGAGCUUGGAUACGACAAGGCUCCUCCUGACGGAAAACAUCCACGAGUAUGGUGGAUACCCACGGGAUAUUUCAGCCUUCUUCCAAUACAUGCCGCUGGUGUACAUGAUGAUAACUCACCCAAUACAGCGAUGGACAGGGUCAUGUCGUCUUACGCUACUUCAUUCAAAUCCCUCCUUGAUGGAAGGCACCGGAUUGGAACGAACCAAGAGUCGGAUAGCUCAAAACACAUCAGACGCGCAGCACUAGUGUCUAUGAGCACGACUCCAGGUCUUGGACAAAACCAUGAUCUCCCUUUCGCCGAAGAAGAGAUACGAGUGGUGAAAGGGUUGAUGACUUCGCUCAAACUCGAGGUUGCCGAACCAUCGCCUAACCGUCUCGAGGUCUUAGACGAACUUCGCCGCAGUCAAAUUUUACAUUUUGCAGGACACGGAGGCCCUAAUGAUGAAAACUUGUCGGCCAGUUCCAUUCUCUUGAGUGACUGGAAGGCCAAUCCUCUCACAACCGAAGAUGUUCGCUCAACGUCUCUGGCUGACUCGCCACAAUUUCUGGCGUACCUUUCUGCGUGCUCAACUGGCCCAAACAACAACGCGAGUACUCUUCUUAUCGACGAAAACAUUCACCUCAUCAGCAGUUUC